AUGGAGAUGUUACCCGAGCCCAUGUCGCCUGUGACGUACGAGCGGACCUAUGGCGGAAACCGGGCCUUUCACAACUUCUUCAACGAUUUCAACCACAUACAAGACCCGAAUCUAAGGCGGCGACUCGCGCUCUCGGAAAUCGACAAGAUCCCGUUCGGAUGGUACCAUGUGCGAGCUGUGCUUGUAGCCGGUAUCGGGUUUUUCUUGGACUCAUACGACAUAUUCGCCAUCAACCUUGUCACGGCUUUACUCGGUGUGGUCUUCUGGCAUGGGUCCCCUGAGGACGCGAGCAAUGGCUAUGGAGGAAACCAUGGGCUGUUACCGACGCCUGUGAGCCAGACAUUGAAGGCUUCGACCAGCGCAGGAAUUAUCAUAGGCCAGAUAUUGUUCGGCUGGAUGGCCGACAAGUACGGACGACGAAAAAUGUACGGGAUAGAGUUGGGAAUCAUCGUGUUCUCCACACUGUCGUGCUGUCUCGUCGGUGCGAGCCAUGCUGUAAGCUUUACAGGUCUGAUGACUUUUUGGAGAGUCAUUAUGGGCAUCGGUAUAGGAGGUGACUAUCCUCUGAGUUCUGUCAUAACCUCCGAGUUCGCGCCGACACGAUGGCGAGGAGCAAUGAUGGCUGCUGUGUUCUCCAUGCAGGGCAUUGGACAGCUGAUGGCGGCAGUGGUGGCACUCGUCGUCACGGUGUCUUUCAAGGAGGCAUUUGGCAAUGCACCCGGCGUCGACCAAUGCGACUUGGUAUGUCAAAUGGCUGCAGACAGGUGUUGGCGCAUCAUUAUUGGACUUGGAGCUUUACCAGCAUGUUUCGCUCUGUACUACCGCAUCACGAUCCCCGAGACACCGAGAUAUACCUUCGAAGUUGCCAGAGACGUCGAGAAAGCGACUGCUGAUAUCAAAGCGUAUAUGGCAAGUCAAUCGGAGGGGGAAGUGGACGAGGUUACUCAAGCACGGAUGAAGAAAGUCGCCUCGCCAGCACUCAAUAUCCCAGCCGCCUCGUGGGAUGACCUCCACUCAUAUUUCUCGAAAUGGACCAAUGCUAAGGUCCUACUCGGGACAACGAUGUCUUGGUUCUUCCUCGAUCUGGCUUUCUACGGCCUGGGUUUGAAUAAUCAAAUAGUACUGCAAGCUAUUGGCUACGCGAACGGCGACUCGCUUUAUCACAUUCUAUACAACGGUGCCGUCGGCACUAUCAUACUAGUCGUUGCGGGAUCCCUGCCAGGCUACUGGACGGCUAUUUUCUUGAUCGAUACGAUCGGCCGCAAGACACUCCAGAUCCUCGGGUUCAUUGUCCUCACCAUUACAUUCUCCGUCCUGGGAUUCUGCUACAACAGACUCAGUCAGGGGUCCCUACUGGCUCUAUAUGUCAUUGCUAAUUACUUCUUCAACUUCGGGCCGAACACUACCACAUUUAUCAUCCCUGGAGAAUGUUUCCCGACACGCUACCGCUCAUCGGGCCACGGUCUGUCCGCCGCCAUGGGCAAAGUGGGCGCCAUCGUGGCACAAGUGAUCUCGCUCCCCCUCCUGACCAAAGACGCACCAUCGCCAUGUAGCGGCAGCGACUGCUCGCCAUGGCUCGACCGGCUCAUGCAGAUAUUUGCCCUAUUCAUGCUCUGCGGCACAUUCACCAGUUUCCUGGUGCCCGAAACAAAAGGCUACACCCUCGAGGAGCUGGCCGGAGAGGCGCCAACCUCGUACAACUCCGGCCGCAACGGCAGCAUCAUCGAGAAGCCGAAGGCGUGGUGGAACCCGUUUGGCGGCGGCCAGCCCGCGGGCUUCUUCUACCCGCGGUCUGCGCAGGGCAGCUUUGGAGGGUCCGGCGGUCGCGUGGGGAUCAUGACGAGCCCGGAGCUGGCGGCGCAGAACGCGACGGAGAGGAAGAACAGCCGGUGGUGGAAACGCGGCCGUCGGUAUCCGUGUCAUGAUGGGGCAGGGUAUGCUGACAGCACGAGCUCGACUGCUGGGAUCGCGAGAACGGUCGAUUCCACGGUUGCGAAUGCCGGCGUGCUGCCGGGCUGGGGCGCUGGCUGGGGACGGAUAGACCGCGGGGGAAAUUCCCUUGCGAUGGAGAACAUUCGUUUACAGGAUGUGGGGAGUCUGCUGAGGUGA